AUGAUUCAGGCAAACGCAAUUAUUGGCGAGCGCCUUGCCGCCGCGCAAAACCAAGCAUCGGGACCAAAAGCCCUAUCUCAACCUGCACCUAUGGAUUCACGCCGUUCUGCCUCUGGCCCCCAGCCACCAGCAACGGGAGCCUCGCCGGCCAUUGGCCCUGUUUCUUCUUCCAGCACUGCAGCCGGAAUUGGUGUCGCCAAUUCACUCGACUCCGACUCAUACUUUGGCUCCUUCUUGCAAAAGAAGGGACCGAAAAAACCGGGGAUCCUAGAAGCUCCGCCGGCAGUUCUCAAGCCCACCGGCUCGCUUUCUGAGCGCGAGUAUAUUGAGAUCGAGGUGAUCAGUGAGUUUAGCAUUUCUUAUGGCCAUAGAACUGCUCCUUAUUUCUUACUUUAA